AUGUCUUCGGAGGACGGCCUCCCAAAUGUGGCCGACAUACCUCCACCAUCACCGCCCGUGUUCGCUUUUGCGAGGCUCCUAGAACCCCAAUACCUUCUCGUCAUCUUCAGCGCACUCGGCAUCAUAUGGCUUGGCGCCCAUGGCUCGCUUCGUCGACCGCCCUCAGCGGCGCCAUCAAAACCGAAGAAGGGAGAGAAGAAGAGGGAGGAGGAGAAAUUCGUGGAAGGGCUCGUUGCAUCAGAUGUCAUCCGAUUCCCCCUCAUGCUCGCUGCUGUUCUAAUCGGACUUUACUACCUAAUCCACUGGCUGCAAGACCCGGCCAUCCUGAACAAGGUACUCCGGUAUUACAUGUCCAUCAUGUCGAUCGCCGGUUUGAGUACUCUUGUUGGCGAUGCGUUGGACAAUGUGACGAGUCUUGUUUUUCCAACUGCGUGGGCAGAUGGCAGGGGGCAGGUUCACUAUAUCGACUCUGACCAGUGCUGUCAAUACGUGAUCGACAAGGAGACCGGCAACCAGGUUGUCAUCAAGGAGAAGACGACCCCAUUGCCUGGCCGUUUUUCCCAUCUCAGACUAUCACGGCGCGCGAGGGAGCUUAUCUGGGAGCUGCGUUCCUUAUUUACCGAGGACUGGACGUUUCGACUUGUUAUCUACAGCAGGCUCCUCAUCAAGAUGGAACUCCGGCUCAACGAUAUGCUCCGCUUCUCCAUUGCCGGAGCAGUUGCUUUAGCGUACCAUUGGCUUGGAUGGGAUGCGCUUUCUAACCUGCUCAGCUUAGCCAUGUGCUACUUCUCCUUCCUAAUGAUAUCCCCCACGUCCUUCACCAUUGGCAGCAUGGUCUUGGCCAGCCUCUUCGUCUAUGACGUUGUCAUGGUCUUCUACACCCCCUUCAUGAUUGCAGUCGCUAAGAGCAUCGACGCCCCUAUCAAACUGGUCUUUACCAGCGCAAAAGGCGCGAGUAUGCUCGGACUUGGCGACAUUGUGGUUCCAGGCAUGCUGAUGGCGCUGGCGCUGCGCUUCGACCUGUACCAGUAUUACCAGCGGAAGACCACGCUGCAGCCGGUACAAUUAGCGACCGAGACCACCACCACGACAACCACCACCACGCAGCACCGGCGCGUCAAAGCCCCCUACGUCGACACCCGCGGCCAGUGGGGCAACCGGUUCUGGACGACCCCGCUCGGCUGCUUUUCCCCCGUGCGCGAGGCCACAGACGCCAUCUCGGCCACCGCCUUCCCCAAGCCCUAUUUCUACGCCUCCCUCGUCGGCUACGCCGUUGGCAUGCUCGUCACCCUGGUCAUUAUGCUCGUCUUCAACCAUGGCCAGCCGGCGCUGCUGUACCUGGUGCCCGGCGUGACGGGGUCGUUGUGGCUGACCGGGUUUGUAAGGGGGGAGAUUAAGGAUAUGUGGGGGUACACGGAGGACGGGAGUCUGGAUACCGAGGAUGUGGUUGUGGAGGUGGAUGGGGCGGGGAAGGUGGUGAAGGAGAGCGCAGGCAAGAGGAGGGAUGGGGAUGCUGAGGAAGGGAAUAAGGAGGAGGACGGGGACAAGAAAAAUGAGGAGGCAGGGGGGCAAGGGAAGGGUGAGGCGGAGAUUGAACUGGGCGACCUCAAUCUCACGCCUGGACGCCAUGAGCUGUUUUUGCUUUCGGUAACCGUACCGCGGGCGAUCGUGACGGUGACUUAG